AUGUCGAUCAACUUCAAGGAUGCAUGCUGCUGCUGGUCAAAGCUUCUAACCGGCCGCGCGUGCAGAUUUUACAACGUGGUGUGUUGCCCCUGCGUCUUGUGCAUAUGGGCAACGAGCAUCUACUGCUGCGGCUGCAUCCGUGUUUAUCUCAACCGCGGCUUGUACAAAUUUUGCUGCUGCUUAUGCAGAGCUUUCAAUUGCUGCUGGAUGUACACGGACAAGGCAUUUCCUCCAGAGGAUGUUUCGCUGGGGGAUGUCAAAGGAGACAGCGCAGCUGGUGACAGAGAAGAAGGCAAGAAGUUUGCUGGGCAAGUGAAGUGGAUUAGGGGUGGGAAGUUUCCACUGCCCAAAGACAAAAAGGGUCGCCAGCGGCGCAUGCAAUUGUUCAGUGAGGAAGUUGACAGCCGAGACAUUUGUCAAGGUGCCCUUGGAGACUGUUGGCUAUUGGCAGCUAUUGCUUGUCUGGCUGAGCACAAGGGCGCAAUUCAGGCCGUCUUUAGGACGAAGGAGAUCAAUCCUCGCGGGAAGUAUGUGCUCCGACUCUUCGACGGUGCGAAGGAGAAGUGGGAGAUCAUCAUCAUCGAUGAUCACAUUCCGUGCAAUAAGGCAAGUUAUGAACGGGAUGGCUCCUGCAAGCCUCUCUUCAGCAAGCCCAACAAAGACGAGCUCUACGUGAUGCUCAUGGAGAAGGCGUUUGCCAAGUUCUGUGGCGGCUAUGCUGCGUUGGAGGGUGGUCAGACAAUUUGGGCGAUUCGGGCGAUGACAGGUGACCCAGCGCGGCUGUUCUACAGAAGCGACGGUCGUGAUAACUGGCAACGCAAGGAUCUCAAAAACUUCGAUGACCCACACGACAAGCGCAAGUGUGGUCUGUAUCCUCGCGAUGAGAAGAUUGACAACGACACCAUGUUCGAGAUCCUGCGGAAAUAUCACAGCUUGGGCAGUGUUCUGUCGGCUUCAGGGUCUAGUGGUGCCGAUGGUUUGGUGACUGGCCACGCCUACAGCAUUCUUCAGGUGAGAAAGGUGAAUGAUGGUUUCAUGGGCAUCGGUGGCAAAGACUACAAGAUGAUUCAGAUAAGGAAUCCAUGGGGAGCAGGAGAGUGGAAGGGCGACUGGAGCGACAAGAGCAAGCUCUGGCAAGACCAUCCUUCAGUCAAGAAGCAGCUGCAGUUUGAGGAUGUCGACGAUGGUGCCUUUUGGAUGAGCUGGAGCGACUUCAUUGAGAACUGGAGUAGGAUCGGAGUUGUUGACCGAACUGUCGACAUCAACUCGCUCAGCCUUCAUGUUCAGGACGACUCUGCAUGCGCUCCAACGCUCGGCUGCUGUCGAGGAU